AUGACGCUGUCAGCACUCUCAGAGCUGACGAGGAUGACGCUGUGGCAGCACUCAGAGCUGACGAGGAUGACGCUGUGGCAGCACUCAGAGCUGACGAGGAUGACGCUGUGGCAGCACUCAGAGCUGACGAGGAUGACGCUGUCAGCACUCAGAGCUGACGAGGAUGGGCGCUGUGUCAGCCCCUCAGCAGCUGACGAGGAUGACGCUGUGUCAGCACUCUCAGAGCUGACGAGGAUGACGCUGUUAUCAUCUUUUACCGUUAACUGCUACCCCUUUUCCCGUGUUUCAGAGGAGGCAGCUGCAGGAGGCGAGGUAGGAGCCCAUGACUGGCGUCUCCUAGUGUGUCUCACUUAUACUGACGGAGACACCUCAGCCUGCCUCCCUAGGAAACUUCUCCCAGCUCUAACCCCUCAUCAGAAGGUGGGUCGUGUACCAGGAUUGAGAGGAACAUUGUGGCGACGGGAAGCUCUGUGUGAUCUUCUCCACGCUUCUCGUCUCGUCGCGCCCAUCCGCGCCCUCGUUCCCGCCUGCUACGCCCUCCCCGCCCACACUGCCUACCUCACUGCCGCCGCCCACGCCCUUCCGGACACCGCCCACUGGGUGGUGAAGGCCGCCCACUCAGGCAAAGGGGUGACUUUCGUAGAUAACAGAAAACUUCUUGAAGAUCUUAGAGACAAGAGACUGGGGUCCGGGCAAGUGGUUCAGGUUCACUGGGGUCCCCCGCUGGAGGUUCUCGGGGCGUGUGUGUCCGUCCGUCUGUAUCUGCUACUGACUUCCCUGCAGCCUCUCCGCGCCCACGCCCACACCCACGGGGAGGUGGUCUUCAGGCACCCUCCUGCCAGAGGGUACGCCAAGAUACAGGGUCGCAUAUGGACGUGGUCUGAACUGGUGUCGUGGGUGGGCCGUACCUCUGGAGAAGAGGCCAUGAGGACCAUGGUGGCCCACACAGAGGCUGCACUGGCCACACUGACCCUAGCCGCCGACCUCCUCCUGCCACCCAAAGUGCACACACUCAGGAAGGCCACACGACGCUACAGGUGUGAGGGAUGCUACCAACUCCUGGGAGUCGACCUGGUCUAUAACUCCAGCUUCCACCCGGCUGUACUGGGUGUCAGCGGGCAGCCAGACCUUUCCUUCACGACCACGGACCAGGAAGCCAGCAACACCCACGUCCUGGGCAGGAUCCAAGUGGCGAGGGACCUGCUGCUCCUGCUCACCAGGGACACACAGGUGGCACCUCAGGUCAACGACGCACUCGUUGAGGCCUCUGAUAACUUAGGGGUGGUAGGAAUCGAUUGCCUAAUCUCACACGAGCUGUGCCUCACGCAGCCAGAUCUACAGUACCUUCUACACACCAGGAGGGAGAGUGGGGCCCUCGAUCAUGCUGGUGAACACACUGAAGGAGGCACUGCACCGGACACCUCCUGGGGCGGCGACCCCUACCAGCUACACGAGUUUGACCUGGGUGGCAGAGAUGGUUGGCUCCGUUUCAACGAUUCCUACACCAGACAGGACACUACAGUGCCUCCUUCAGGCAGUGGGAUGGCAGAUGACGAAAAAGCGUGGAUGACAGAUGACCAUACAGCCACAUCCAGGAAGAGAUCUGAUGAGAAACGCUUGUGGAAGAAACGUAAAAGAGCAGGAUUCACCAUGAUUUAUCCGUCGCCUGUGGGCCGAACCUACGACCAAGUGAUGGUGGACCUAUACCAGGCAGUCUCCUCCAACACCAGCACAGCCUUUGCCCCGGCCUCCUACCUCCUCACGGAGAGCUGGCGUCACGUGACCAGGGAUCUUCAUGGGUUGUUGACCUUGUUAGAAGGUCACUCACGCCCACUACCCCCAGGGGUCACCCCCAUGCUUGCCAGUUUGGACCUGGACCAGAACGAAGACAUUCAUGAGAAGUGGCUGGAGCAUCAGGAUCAUCCCCAGGACCACUGUAUGCAAGACCCGGCUACAGCACCUUACUUGCAGAGGAUCAUCCUGGUGCCAGAGGUAGCUCUCACACCAGCCUUCACUCCACUAGUGACCACUUACUGGGCACAGGUGGAAUACCAGACUAUCAUGGUCCAGGUGACUGGUGUAGCUCUCAACUGUCAAGCUGAAGCCAGACUUGAUGAUAAAUUUGGCCCAUCAACGUGAGUUUAUGUGAACUACGACACUAGGGUUGGUGAGAACCGUCUUGUCCUGGCAGUGGUAGACAUUGGUCACUCAGAGCCCUCGACCCUAAACACCUACACACUCCACUUAACCAGACUACCUCCACCUGUGCCACACCAAUCUUCACCCCCACACCCAUCAGGUGUGCGCCUUCAAGCAGUAUUGUACAUGACUGCUGGGCUGGUGUUCUUGGGUGACAGCACCAACAGAGGGAUGUUAUACUUGCUCCUUCAGCGACUCAAUGGCAGCCUCACCUCCUGGGACAAGACUCAUGAUUUGAGGGUCAUUCGUGGUGCCAACCAUGGCCACACCACCUUUGCCUUUGCCUACUAUCCCAAAUUUUGGCUUCCUUCCAACCAGAGGCCUGUCUUUGACCAAACUCUCUACCAGCUCCUGCACAGGGCUGGCCCACUACGUAACAGCUCGGACACCAUCGUGGUAGUGGGUGGCGUCCACUGGGUUGCUGUCCAGCACUUGCAUAUGGUCACCACAGCUCUUCACAGGGAAGGUCUCCAGGGAGCUACAGUGAUCCUGAAGACCCUAGGAGCUGGCUUCCACAUUGCUGCUCCAGGUGUUCACACUGUGUCCCUGCGUGACCACUCUCGCCUCCUGGAGCACUCUAUGAACCUGGCAUCAUAUGCUCACCACCGCGGCUACCAGGUCGUCGACACUUUCAACAUGACUGCAGCCCGCUAUAGACACUUUCUCCAGGGAAAGUGUGCCUGCCAUUUUCACCAGGUGGUGUCGAGGCGUGAGGGCAAUGGGGAGAUGAUGUACCACGUAGAGGGAGAAAUCAAUGCCAUUUACACCAACAUACUCGCAAACACCAUCUGUCCACACCAUCUUCCCACCAGAUGAUAUUAGUCCUUGACGUGGGCGUGCCAAUCAACCACCAAGAAAGGAAGCAGAAGGGCUUCAACUGUGGCUUCCAGCUGACUUAGUGACAUAUAACUUAUUGAACUGUAUAGAGAAAGUGCAUUUUUAUUAGUUAAUCUGUAUAGAUUAUCUUGUUAGUCCUUUUAGAUAUUGUGAUGAAUAGAAAUAUGCUUAUCAGAGCAAAUAUGUUGCAAUUUAAUUUUUUUUUUAUUUAUCUUUUGGGCCAAGUAUAAUGUACAUCAUAACUAGCUGUUAUAGUGGUUGGAUAAAGUACUUCUGACAUUAUCAUAAAUAAGGAAUUUAGGCAAUUUAAUACAUUUCUAACAGUAAAAAUUUUACUUGUAGCUCUGAUGCCUCACACUUAAAAGAUUUAAUUUUGCAUUUUAACUGAUGGCAAUACUUGAUGCAAAUCAUAAUAAAACAGUUUAUAAUAAAGGUUUUUGUUUUGUCAUGUGAUAUUCCAAAACUUGCACGUGUUGCUCUCUUGCUCUAUUGUACAUUCUACCAAGCACCCCAGCUGGAAGCUGAAAUAUUCUAAUUUCCAUAGCUGUUUUCCUAUAUACAUGUAGGACAUGCUUUACCACGUAUUAUUUAUAUAUACAGUGGACCCCUGGUUAUCGGGCGGUUCAGUUAUCGGCCAUUAAUUCAUUUAUCAGCCAUUUGGGAGGCGUCCAUCCGCCGGCUGGGGCCGCUUGCAAGUCAGUUUGACUGGCUCUGGGCGAGUGAGGAAGCUUCUGCUCAUUCAUCCAAACAUUUUGCUAUAAUCCAUUGCUUUUUGUGGUCGAGUGCAACUGCAAAAUAAGCAACCAUGGGCCCAAAGAAACACGUUACAUAGUAUAUAAAAACAUGCAAUGCUUAUACCUGGAGAGAGUUCCAGGGGUCAACGCCCCCUGCAGCCCGGUCUGUGACCAGGCCUCCUGGUGGAUCAGAGCCUGAUCAACCAGGCUGUUACUGCUGGCUCCACGCAAACCAAUGUACGAGCCACAGCCCGGCUGGUCAGGAACCGACUUUAGGUGCUUGUCCAGUGCCAGCUUGAAGACUGCCAGGGGUCUGUUGGUAAUCCCCCUUAUGUAUGCUGGGAGGCAGUUGAACAGUCUCGGGCCCCUGACACUUAUUGUAUGGUCUCUUAACGUGCUAGUGACACCCCUGCUUUUCAUUGGGGGGAUGUUGCAUCAUCUGCCAAGUCUUUUGCUUUCGUAGCGAGUGAUUUUAUAUGUGAUAUUUAAUAAUAAUCACUUGUACAUUAAAUUUUUUUUUUACAUUAAUAUAGACAUUUUCAUUAAUCCAUUGUAUCUUUUUCAAAAUUAUAUAAGAAACACGUUAUAGCAUAUAUAAACAUGUAAUGUAUAUUAAUAAUCACUUGCCACAUUAAAUGUCUUAUUUUACGUUAAUAUAGACAUUUUCAUAAAUCCAUCUAUGAUAUUUUCAAAAUUAUAUAAGACUAACUGUCCUUUUGUUUAGUUUGUUCACUUUCUCUCCUCACUUACCCAUUGUCACCAUACUUGUAGUACACCAUCCUCCUUUUCCGUUUACUGUUGCUACCGCUACCGUUGCUACCGUUUACUGUUGCUACCCUUAAGUCAAUGUGACCUGACCUGACUAGGUUGGGUGCAUUGGCUUAAGCCGGUAGCAGACUUGGACCUGCCUCGCAUGGGCCAGUAGGCCUUCUGCAGUGUUCCUUCGUUCUUAUGUUCUUAAACAAGUUACAUAUGUAGCAUAUAAACAUGCAAUGUUUAUAUGUUAUCGAGUGGAGAGUGGGAUGGAGAGUAAACAUUACGUUUUCUCCGAUGCAGCGCUAGAGAAAACUGAAUCUGGCGACUGGUGCAGUAACCGCCCUUCAUAUGCAUUUGUUUAAAAUUCUUGGCAUGAAUUAUUCAUUACUUCUCCCUUUGUUUAUGAUGGCAUCUAAAGGUAGUUGUUAGAGAUGAUUAAGCUCAGUGAACAUGGUAAUAAUAUGGCUGUGUAUUGUAAUAUAGUUGUGUAGUGUAGCAUGGGGGAAGGGGGGGCCCCACAUACAUGUACUGUACCUACAUUUACUGCUACCUACACUGACUUCCUACAAAUAAAUACUACUCACCUUUUGCCCUACAUUAAGACUACAAAUAUUUUAAGGUUAAUAAUGAAUGUACUGUAGCAGUAAAUGACAGAUUAAAGAGGUGUGUGCAAUGUGGACCAGGGUGCAAGCUUUUGUAGACACACCAAGCUGAAACAAGCCAUAUCUGCAAUAUGUUCAGUGACAAAACCCUGUCCCACUUUAGGGAAAUCUUAGAUUAUUAUUAUUAUAAUCAAAAAGAAGUGCUAAGAGGGAAAUCUUAGAGAGAUGCCAGAAACAGACCUCUAUGGACAGAUUUGUUGUGAGACAGAGGUCCAGUGACUCAAGCUGGUCCUAGUGGCAUUAAAAGGCAAAGAAGGGAAGUAACCCCAGAGAAGGCUUUGCUACCUAAAGUCUUUAUAGAGGUAGAUUCCCCUUCCAAACACUAACUCCUCCCUCUUUCCUCUUCCCUAUCUUCCAGAAGCCAGUAUUAUCCUUCAAUAAAGGUAUGUAAAACUUACAUAAUUGUAAAAAAAAAAAAAUUGAAUAUUUUUAUCUGGAACGGAUUAAUUGUAUUUCCAUUAAUUCUUAUGGGAAAUAUUAAUUCGGUUUUCGACCAUUUCGGUUAUCGGCCGACCUUCUGGAACGGAUUACGGCCGAUAAUUGAGAGUCCACUGUACGUUAUAUAACAAAUUAUAAUGUGAUGAACGCUGUCCUUCAUGCAGAUUACAAAAACAGCCAUGAAAAUGAAAUUAGUCAUAUUUUAACUCCUAGCUGAAGUCUUUGUUAAAAUGUGCAACAGGAAGGAAGUCAGAAUAUAUAAGGUAAGAUGUCAAGUUAAAGCUAAAUGCUGUACUGAUGUAGGCCUUCUGGUCCAGGCCAAGGGAUUCACUGAAAUUAAUAAAUAUAAGCAAGGUUUGGCAUAGGCCAAAACAGGGAUCCUACAAGGCUUGGUGAAUUAGGCAAUUAUGAAAUUAUGAUUGAUCUUGAUCUUGGAUCAAGAAUCCCUCAAAUCAGCAUGAUUCAGUAUAAACUUUAUGGCAUGUUUUACAAACUACAUUGGGGGAGGGGAAUGGUUGUCAUUGUGCUUUGAAUGUAAUACUCUUAAGAAUCACAAUUUUAUCUUAAAACAUAAAAUAGCUCUGGGUUUAAUUUUAUGGGGGGGGGGGGGAUAAAUGUAUAUCCA